AAAAAAAGGGUAUGUUCUUCUGAAGCUAUCGAAAGCUGAUAAGUCUACGAUUCUAAGUAUUUCUGCAAUUACCAUGUAUUAUUUAUGGUUAUAUCAUAACAAAUGCAUCUUUCAGAGUGUCCCCCCUUCUCCCAUCGUUACAAUUCGACUCAUUCACCAAUGGACAGAUGACAUUUUCGCCUCUGGGGAAUUCUGGAGGCAAUGGAGAAAGGAUUCCGAAGAAUCGGGUUGGCCUUUGAAUUCAUAUCUUGUUAUCUAUUUCGUUAUUUUGUGUUGAUAUAGAUGUAAUUUUAUGUUUAAAUUAAAGGACCCGUAUGUAACUUCAGCGGCUAAUAAUAGGUUAGCUAGCUAAGAGGCAAAGCGAGAAAUGCGGAUGCAUAGGUUAACGACAACUGCUGUUGAUGAUGUGGUUAACUUUAUUUCACUUUCACUCUUAGUGUUUUUAUUGAUCUUCUCCAGCAAUAAAUAAUUUUCCCGGUAGGUAAACGUAGUUAAGCUAAGAAAUCAGAUGUCCCACGCUUCAAACCCAUGGAGACCACUCCCACUCUACCUCCUGCUCACAGUGCUCUUUCCCAGGUGCAGGCUUCGUCAUUUGCAGAACGUCUUGCUGAGGAGUUUGCAUCCAAACUCGAACUGCCGAACAUGAAACCGGAUCCGGUGGAGGUUUCGGAGGAAACCCUUUUGAAGGCCGAUCAAUCUCUGCAAUAUUCUAUUGUUGUCUGGGUUUUGGAUGGGGUCCAUAUUUCCAUUAUGGAGCUACGAGCUAUGUUCAGUAGAGCUGAGCAUUCGAAGCCCAUCCGAGGGUUUGAACUUCAUCUAGUUGAUAACGCCCCUGAUAGAUUUGUGAUAAAGUUGCGCAAUGAACGUGACAUGCAGGUUAUACUUCUUUCUCAGCCAUGGAUCUACGCUGGUCAUGCCACCAUUCUGCAGAAAUGGAAUCCUGAAAUGCCUGCGGAACAAGUGAUCUUUCCCAUGGUCGUGCUAUGGGUGCAAGUGGAAGGCGAAGAAGGCCCCAACAGUUUCCUGCCCUCUUAUGCCAUGCCCACGAUGGCGGUACGCAUGUCAAGCUUGAGUUUUCUCCUUUCGAUUUUCUCAAAUUUCCCCAUUGGUGUAUAUUUCGGCUUCGCUGUGGUCUGAGUGUGAAAUGAAGAUCCAAAAUUCGAUCUAGAACUAAUCUCUGAUCUCUUGUCUCGGUCUCUCUCGUCCUCUUCGUUGUCGGAUUUGGAAUCGGAGCUCGAGGUACUGUAAUGGUCGCCCCAUUCGCUGCAAUGAACUUCUUUAACCCCAAAACUCCGGAUUAGAUCUGGGGGUUUGAUGAUGACAUCAGGGAUAUGAGUCGAUGGGAUUUCAUAACCGAACCAACAUUGAAAAGAACUUGCUCUAAUAUUAUGUAAAUUUCCAGACCUGAUAAGAGAAACUGUUCAAGAGUUUAUAGGAAGGGAUUAUCCACUCAAAAUUGAUGGUUUCUGCUUUCUA